AUGCUGCUGCGCUUUCUGCUACCGUUGACGGGCUUGUUCAUAUUUGCCAGUUCUGGAAUCGUAGACGAGCUACAUUCAAUAAACCGCCAGCGCUAUGUGUUAAUCGCUCGACUACCGGAAAAGGAAUAUCGAAAUACUAACAAUGAAGACAAAACUAGUUCUGAGUGGAGAAGUAGGAAUGCUGAGAUAUGGUCUGAAAUUUUACGGGUACCGUGUGAGUUAAGUGGGUGCAAUUACGAUAACGACUCUGAAGAUGAGGCCACAGGACGGCUUCCUCAUGGAAUACAAUUGCUAGACUUGGUGAAUGCUGGUGCCGCAAAAACACAUGCCAAAAAAGAAAAAAAAUGCAAGUAG